CUCCUACCUUCUCAAUCAGGACAUUCGGGAUUUCUCUUCAUCGUCAAUAUGUUGAUUCGGUUUCUUGCGUCCUCUUCGCUCUUGUGGAGGAUCGCUCUCAGUCAUGAUCCGAACUCUACACUUCAAAUGUGCAAAUGUUUGCCUAGCGAUGCAUGCUGGCCUUCACAGGAGGAAUGGAGACAGCUAAACACCACAGUUGGUGGACGUCUAAUUAAAACGGUCCCGUUGGGCUCUCCAUGCCACGACCCGGUAUAUAACGCUGACGAGUGUGCUUUGCUGAAAGAGCAAUGGUUGUAUUCGGGUGUACACAUGGAAUCGAGUUCCUCAGUCAUGGCUCCUCUUUUUGCGAACCAGAGCUGUGAUCCUUUCCAGCCCCGGGAGAAACCGUGUACCUUGGGGAAUUACGUCGCUUACUCCGUUAACGCUUCAAAUGCGGACCAUAUUAUUGCAACAUUGAAGUUCGCGGAUAAGAAAAAUAUCCGCUUCGUUAUCCGCAACACGGGACACGACUACCUCGGCCGUUCGACCGGAGCUGGUGCCUUAGCCAUAUGGACUCACCACCUCAAGGACGUUAAAAUUUUAGAUUGGCGAGAUAACGAUUUCCGGGGAAAAGCCUUGAAGGUUGGUGCAGGAGUACAAGGCUUCGAGGCUCUGGCUGCUGCAAAAGAAGCAGGGCUUGUCGUUGUGACGGGAGAGUGUCCGACUGUUGGUCUUGCGGGAGGAUAUAUUCAAGGAGGAGGGCAUUCCGCACUUAGCACAAAGUUUGGCCUCGCGGCUGAUAACGCGCUCUCGUAUGACGUUGUGACUGCCACGGGUGAACUGGUAACUGCGUCAGGGACUGAACAUCAGGAUCUUUACUGGGCAUUGAGUGGUGGCGGUGGUGGGAAUUACGGGGUUGUUGUAUCCAUGACUGUCCGGGCACAUCCUGAUGCGACUACCGCAGGUGCUGCGUUCAUGAUCAGCGGCUCAGAGCAAAAUCCAGAGCAGAUCUUCGACGUUAUCGAUGCGUGGCAUGCUGCUCUCCCCAAAAUCGUGGACUCAGGAGUUAUGGCCAUAUACUUCUUCUCUAACACCUUCCUCCAGAUCCCAGCGCUAACCGCAUACAACAAGACCGCAUCCGACAUUCCCCAUAUUCUUGAACCAUUCCGGAACUCCCUCAUUGCCAUGAAUAUUUCGUUCAACCCAACCGUCACUCAAUUCUCCUCCUAUGUAGACCACUACAAUAAAUACUGGGGACCGCUCCCCUCUGGCAACAUCCAAGUAGGAACGCAACUCUUCGGUGGGCGUCUCAUUCCACGCUCUAUCCUCCCCUCGUUCUCUCCUACUGCACGGAAACUCGCAAACCUCGGCGUCAUAUUCAUCGGAGUCGGCCUCAACGUCUCCCACUUCGGGACAUCCCCGCCCAAUGCGGUACUCCCACAAUGGCGCUCUUCAAUCACCCAGGCAUCACUCACGCUACCAUGGAACUUUUCAGCAUCGUGGGAAGAUAUGUUAGACACACAGAGGAAGAUUACGGAGGAGGUGCAGCCAGUGAUUGAGGCUGCGACGGCGGGCGCUGGGGCGUAUAUGAAUGAAGCAGAUUUUCAGCAGAGGGGAUGGCAAGAGGUGUUUUUUGGGAGGAAUUAUGAGAGAUUGUUGAGGAUUAAGAGGAGGUAUGAUCCGAAGGGGUUGUUUUUUGCGGAGGUUGCGGUGGGGAGUGAGGAGUGGAGUGUUGGCAGCGAUGGGAAGAUGUGUAGGGCAGGGAAACUUGGGGUGCGUGGAAGACGGGGGCUUGGUGAGUUGUAGGUGAGUGGACAGCGCUUCCAACCGUACGUGGCGCCUCAAUUAUCUAGCUCCUAUCACACUACGAGUCAGG